CGCCGCCGGGACGUCAGUCCAUGUCAGUCGGUACGCGUUCUUCAAGUAUUAUUCGCCAGUAUUAGACGCGCGGAGUCGAGGUACAACGAGGGCGUGCGAUCGAGGAUACUUGGCUUAUAAGGCGCGUUACAAAUGUAAACGGAGCAAGAAACGCGUUUACCUCCGAGAGCGUCCGCGGUGUCUUCUGCCUGCAGCUUCUGCCUCUCGACGUGACGUAAAGCUUGACGUAAACGUCAAGCCCGCAACGCUCGGUCGAUUUGUAUUAACAGGCUACGAGUGCUAAUUACAUAAACCUAAACACCUGUCAAACAUUCGACGAGAUAAGUCACGCUCGAUAACGCACUAUAUCGAUCCAAGUCAAGUAACAAUGGUAUAUUGGCUACCGAAGAAACGUUUCGUGAGAAGGUAUCGUCCGUAUAGGAGCUCUACAUUAACGCAUUAAAAAUACAUGGGAAGUGUAUCGUAUGCGAAAGAGAAAGACGUACUUUAUGCGCAGAAACAAUUUUUUUUAAGUGAAGAGAGUUAGAAGCUUUUCGAUUGUAUGAUUUGCAAGUUUGUGGAAUUAAGUUUGGUCGAGGAGGGGACUUGCGACGAGAGAAUACUGUAAAGAACACAGUAACCACACUAACAAUCAUGAUGUCGAUGUAUCUACUAUUAGCGACAAUAGUACCAAUCGUCAUCCUUGAGAUUUGGUAUAUGGGAAUGUAAGUUACUUUAUCCAUUAAUCGUAUCUCUGUGAAUAUUUUCGUAUUCCUUUUCUUGUCGAUGUAACUGGCGCAUCGUAAGCUUGCAAGCUUUAUUUAAACCAAGACGAUAUGUAAAGUCGAUGUUUUUUUUGUUGGAUAAAAUUUAUGUUCACCCGACUGUUUAAAUGCUGUUGUGUCAGCUUAUUAUGACGCGGUGUCACUUUACAUCCUGCAGUCAGUUAUUCUGGUCAGUCACAGCGAAUCAGUACAGGAAUUAAUCAUCACCAAGUCAACUGCAUGAUUAAAUGGAACUAAAGAGAAAAAAAAACUUUAUCAAGACAUUGUCUGUCAUUUUUAUAAACGACAAUUUUAUAUUUCACUAUAAUUUUUCAUUUUCCAUAUUAAGAAACGAAUGUUAAUCUAAAUACAAGUAUGUUUUGAUUUAAAAGUAAGAAGAGGACUUUAGACUUUAGACAACUUCAGUUAUAUAUAUCUCUCUCUUUUAGACUAGAUUUAUCACCUGUUGCGAAUGAGUUGCAAAUAGGAGUGGGAGUGUAGUUAUAAUAAUUCAUCAAAGAGGGAGUGUUUUGAAUAAAAAGUAAUUACACAGCAUUUUUGUUUUGCUAGCCUUGGGUUAACAAAUAUAUGAAGAAACUCCUUUAUUUUAAUACGAUUAUUUAUGCUUAACUUGGACUAUGAAGACCUCUAUGCUGAUAUACCUUAUAAUAUUUGGGCUUCUACCUAUAAUUUUUCAUUAUUCUUAUACUCUUCAAAAGAAGAUACUUUUUUUAAAUUUUGUACAUUGGCCACUUAAAGUAGAGUUUUCCAAUCCAAAGUCGAUUGGUCUAGAAGGUGCCAGAAAUUUUUAUUUACAUACUGAUCAGCAAGUAAAGUUAGGUGCAUGGCAGAUAUUACCUCGGUCGUUAUUAAAUAAUUCCAUACCUGCGACAGAUGAAGCUUAUGAAGCGGCUUUAAGUAAUGCCGAGCAACCUGUGUUUUUAUACAUGCAUGGAAACAGUGGUAAUAGAGCAAGUUCGCAUAGACUUGAGCUUUAUAAGCUUUUCCAAGACCUAGAUUAUCACGUUAUAUGUUUCGAUUAUAGAAGCUACGGCGAUAGCGAUGUAGUCGAGCUCUCUGAGGAAGGCGUAGUUAUGGAUAGUAAAUAUGUUCUCGAGUGGGUGAUGAAGAAAGUUAAUGGUUCAGCUCCAGUUUUUGUUUGGGGUCAUUCUCUGGGAACCGGAGUCUCUACGCACGUAUUAGAUCUGCUAGCAGCUGAAAAUAUACAGCCAACUGGAUUGUUUCUGGAAGCACCAUUCAGUAGCAUACAAGAUGAAUUAACAGAACAUCCAUUUGCACAGAUAUUCAAACAUUUACCAUGGUUCCAUUGGAUAGCUGUUGAACCAUUUUAUAAGAAUAAUCUGCGAUUUGAAUCUGACAAGCAUAUUACUAAGAUUGACUGUCCUAUUAUGAUAUUACAUGCUGAAGAUGAUGGUGUAAUUCCAGUUUUUUUGGCAGAAAAGCUUUAUCGAGUAGCGUUAGAUAGUUUUGGAAAUAACACAAGUCGUAUUGAAAUGAUAAAAAUAGAUUCAUCUUAUGGACUUGGACAUAAGUAUAUCUGUAGAUACAAAGAACUACCUAGUAUAAUUAGGACAUUUGUCGCCAAAACACACGGAAAUUGGACUGAAUAACUAUUAUUUGGAUUAGAAAAUUAAAACUGUAAAUUAUUUCGUAAAUUACGAUAUAAUGUAAAUUAUGUCAUAAGAUUCGUAGAGUCAGAAAUUAUUUUAUUUACAUAAAGUAAUGAAAAGUAAUAUGUUUAUAAAAUUAGAUUUCUGAUAAAAGAUGAGGUAUUUGAAAAAGACACAUUUUUAAUAUUUGAACGAUUUUUUUAUUUUUUAAAAACUCUUGAUAAAAAUUCUGUUUUUUUAAAUAUUAUAUUUAUUACAACUUUUAUAUUUAACAUCCUAGUAUUAUAAUUGUAUGUACAAUGUGAAAAAUACUGUGAUGUCAAACGCUUAAACUGUGCACUUCAUUUUUGUGUUUGAACUUCAUUUAAAAUUGUCAAGUGUAAAAUUUAUUUAGAUAAUACAUACAUUUUUUGAAUGUGGUAUCGUAUGAUACAAUUUGUCCUAUACUCACAUUUUUUUAUUUGAUGACAAAAUACAUUCGAAAAAUAUUGUAAGAAUUGUCUGUUAAAUAAAUGGAAAUGCAUUGAUAGUGAAA